AUGGCAUAUCCAAUUGUCUGGAAAAUAGAAGAUGUUUUCUAUCCUCUUAUUUCAGCCAUUGGUGUUCCUGUUAACUUGGUGGCAAUAAUAAUCCUGUCACGAGGAAAGUGUGGUCUCUCUACUUCCGUAACUCGUUACUUGAUUGGAAUGGCAGUUGCUGAUCUCCUUGUCGUCAUCUUUGAUGCCAUGUUGCGAUACACUUUUUCAAUUUAUUUACCAAAUUCAUUCCUGAAAAUUACUCCCGUGUGCAGUAUUGUUUCUGCCUUGGCGUUAGCAGCCACAGUGAUUUCUGUCUGGCUCACAGUCACAUUCACUUUUGACCGAUUUGUGGCCAUUUGCUGUGAGAGAUUGAAAACAAAAUUUGGCACUGAGAGAACUGCAGCGACAUUUCUAGCGACGGUGACCGUGCUGGGCUGCCUGGAAUCUCUACCCUGGUAUUUUGUAUAUCAACCAAAAUACUUCAUUGACAAUAUUCCAUGGGGUUGCAAGAGUGUAUCGAGUUAUUACACUUCCCCUGCAUGGGCUGCAUUUGAAAUCAUCAACUACAUUUUAACCCCUUGUGUGCCAUUCUUUCUGAUCUUGCUGUUCAAUGUGCUGACUGUCAGACGUAUUUUAGUGAGCAGUCAAAUCCGUAGGGGUCUCCGUGGCCAAAGAAGUGGAAAGAAGCAAAAAGAUGUGGAGUUACAAAACCGGCGGACGUCCAUCACUUUGCUGUUCAGUAUAUCGGGCAGUUUUGUGCUUUUGUGGGGGACCAAGCUUGUGUUCACUAUUUAUGGACGAAUUUCAGAUAUCCAACAUUAUGACUACUCCGAUACAGACCCUUACUUCAUCACAGAUCACACAGCGAAAAUGCUGCAAGUGCUCAGCUCCUGCACCAACACGUGUAUAUAUGCUGUGAGCCAGGCUAAAUUCAGGAAAGAGCUGAAGAAUGCAAUGACAUACCCCUUCAAGCAAAUUAUUAAAUCAUGGAACAUUUUGAAGAGUUUGAAACACGUGAAUUAA